CUUGCAUGAAAAGGCACAGGUUCUUCAUUGCACACCAACCCAACAAAAUAGAUACUAAUGAAUAUCAAUAGUUCAACUUAAGAAAAAAAAAAGGAAUCCAAAUGUAUUAAAUUAGUUCGUCUCUGAAAUAAGGUGUAAUAAAAUGGAGGCCAAGAAAGUGAAGAUAGGAUUGGUGAUGUUGCUAUCGUUGGCUGCAGUGGAGGCAACAAACAUUGAUUGUGCCACUGUGACGGCUUUCCUCUCAGCUUGCUCAACCUUCAUCAGCUAUGGUUCGCCAGACCCACUUCCGGGCUCGCCGUGUUGUGAGUCCAUGACAAGCCUGAAUUUGAUUGCACAAUCCGGCGAUAAUAAGAGGUCGGUUUGUAGAUGCUUCAUGGGGCUGAUUGCUGCUUAUAAUCCAUUUGCCACCACUAUUGCUACUCUGCCUGGCUUUUGCGGAAUAAGCUUGGGCUUCAUUGUUGGUCCUAAUGCAGAUUGCACCACGGUUCCUUAAGUUGGGUUGGCAGAGAUUGAAGAAAUUGGAUCAAGAGAUUGAAUAAGAAGUAUGUUUUCAACCAGACUUUUUAAUGAAAUUCAAAACAAAAAAUAAGUGACAGAAGUUAUUUCAAUGAUGAUUAAUUUAUAAUGUCCUUACUGUGUUUGUUUAGUGAUCAACAUUUAAUAAUUAGAGUAUAUUUAAUAAGAAUUUCUAAAAAAAAAAAAAGAGAAAAAGGUAUUCCAACA